CAACAAAAUUUUGUAUUAGUAAAUAAUCAGCAAAAUCAACUGAUAGCAUUACCUGUAGGAUUUGCACAACCAGAAUUUCAUGGUGAUAAUAAAGAUCAUGAAGAUUUCGUAGAUAGAGAAUUUGACAAUAAAAAUUGGGAGUUAGGAAAUGUACUUGAUAACUCUGGUAUAGGUGCAACAAUAGCACAUAUUCGUGGUGCUAAUGCAGGAGGUAUAACGGGUGCAGUCGCUUCUUUUCCAAAUGUUCUACUUGGACUUACAGCAGGAGAACGCCCAACUAAUGCAGUACUAGUUGCACCAAAUACUGGAGGAGGUAUUCCUAUUAUUCUAGCAGGAAUACGAUCUGGACAAAGGCUUUGGUGGAUAAAAAAAUAUUAUCCAACUGCUAAUAAAUAUGUAAAGAUGUUAGAAAUUAGAGCAUUAAGACAAGGCAUAUAUGAGAGUGUAUCUUCAUUCUGGGCAAAAAUUCAGAAAUAUAGCGAUCAACUCGGUUAUACUCCAGCACAGAAGAAAACCUAUUUCUUAUCUAGAAUUAGACCUGAUAUUAGAGAUGAAAUUUAUAGAAUUGGUCAAACAAAACCCAUUAACGAUAUUAUUGAUAGUUUGGAAGAACUUGAAUUACGUCAUAGAAUAUUACAACAGGCACCAUCUCAACCUCACCAUGCACCUAUUGCUCCUGCUAUUCCAGAUUUUUAUCCUAUAAUAUCAGAAAAAUCUCGGCAAGCAUUUUACAUAGUAGAUCAAGAAGGUAAUAAUAUAGAUCUACUUACCUAUCCAGAUUAUCUUAAAUACCUCAAGCAAGCAAAAGCCUUAUUUAAAAAACUACAAAGAUCCAACCAAUCUGUCAGAAUGGAUAUAAUAGAAGAAGGGUUUAAUGAAACUUGA